GUCUGCGAGAAAGGCAGUAUAUCACAUACACUCACUCCAUCUUGAAAAUAUUGGACAUUUUUCUCCAUUUUGCGAUCAUGAUCGCCUUAACCUGAGGUGUUUUCUACCGUAUAAAACUAUUAUCAAAUGUUGAUAUCUUCGUACGCCUGAAAAUGACAUGUUAAGUUAGUCUCCGAGUGGAAAGGUCUCAAAACAUUUUCCAUAAAUGCCCGUGCUUAACACUGACCCUUGUGUAUUGUUGUCAGCGUUUUCCUUGUUGAUACACAGUCGGUUUGUUUCACCAUUAGGCUUGGCGAGAGUUCCCUGAUCGUCUUGUGGGAUUCCCUGGUCGUGUUCACACCAGUGAGAACACCAGUAAUCGCUAUAAGUAUGAGUCUGAGUGGACCAACAGCGUAUCUAUGGUGCUAACUGGAUGUGCUUUUCAUCAUAAGUAUUUCAGUCACCUGUUUACAUAUAUGAUGCCGUCGUAUAUUAGAGACUGGGUUGACAAACACAUGAACUGUGAAGACAUUGCCAUGAACUUCAUGGUUACCAACUACACUGGCAAGGCACCGAUUAAGGUAACCCGCAGAAAGCGUUUCCGCUGCCCAGAUUGUGUGACUGAGUCGUUGUGGGCCGAUCCUAGUCAUUUCGUGGAGCGGUCAGAAUGUUUGAAUGAGUUUGUACGAGCUUACGGUCACAUGCCGCUUGAAACUGUGGAAUUCAGGGCUGAUCCACUGCUGUUUGGGGAAACGCUGCCCGACAAAUUGAAGCUGUACAAAGACAUAGGAAGCAUCUAACAAGAGUUUUUGUGUAUUGUAAUGUUUUCUAAGGGGUGAAAGGAGAAGACUAUUCAACCUCAAGACAACUUCUUUGCUUCUUUGUAAGGUGUUCGCAGAAAGCAGAAGGAGCCUUGUAGGACGUGGAAAAAUGGUGUUGAGGGUGGGUUAGUGGCAGGGCAGGCCGUGUUUGUUCAGGGUUUUUUGGUCAGAACUGCAACCAACAGAAUUAAGUCAGAUUCAAAGAUAUGGGGCAAAAUUAAUACGAAAGAUUUUCUAUACAGGACAGCCUGGUUCUUUUAUUUAAACUUUCACAGAAUUAUAAUUAGUUUCAAACCCCUUUCUGUAUCAGUCAUUUUUCAAACUUGAUCUAUCUCAGUCUUAGAACCGUUUACCAAAAUACAUGGUUUACACGCACAAACUCUUCUACUGGUGGUAAAUAAUCUUUUCUUCUACUAUGCCAUUUUCCGAGAAGACCUGCGAGUAACGCAAACGACCAUUUUACAGGCAGGUUUAAUUACAUGCUGAUUUGCGUUCAGGUCUUAGAUUUUAAUUUUCUCGAAUUUGCACAAAAAAUUGAUGUUCCACAUUUGCGCAGAGAAAAACUACUUUCAUUUACUGAAAUAGAGUUACCUAAGCAAUAUAUUAAACUACUUCGAGCUUUCAGAGCUCCUGUCAGAGCCUAAUGCUCCGACUGGCGCCAUGUGAGAUGACGAGCUUUCAGAAGU